GCGGCAAUGAAGGACCCGUCACAUGCUCGCGCUCUACUCCGCUCCGCUCCCCGCCAUGCAUCUCCGCAGCGCCCGGGCGCAUCGGCCUAGGCCCCCCACGUCGACCACCAACAGCCGCGCACUCCCGAAUUCAUCGAUUGAGAUCCAGAGAAGCACGGCCGCCGAGGAAACGGGAGGUAAUUAAACACGGCGUUUGACCAACUGCGUGCGUGCAUGCAUGCGUUCUUGCAUUGCUCUUGGCUACCUCGCUGCCGAUUCGCCGUCGACGUGGUGGCGCAUACAUGAUGGAGAUGUCGCUGAUGGAAGCGAUGGUGAGCGGCGGCACCGGGGAGUCGAUCCUGACGUCGAUGAAGUUUGCGGUGCUGCCGAUCGCCAAGGUGUUCACAUUGUGCUUCAUGGGCUUCCUCAUGGCCACCAGGUACAUCGGCAUCCUCGACGCCAACGGCCGCAAGCUUCUCAACGGGCUAGUGUUUUCCCUACUACUUCCGUGCCUUAUAUUCACUCAGCUUGGACGAGCAAUUACAGUGCAGAAACUGUUAGACUGGUGGUACAUCCCUUUAAAUAUUGUUCUGGGGACAGUGUCUGGUUCUCUAGUGGGCCUUCUUGUGGCGUUCAUUGUACAGCCGCCACGUCCAUAUUUCAAGUUCACCGUUGUCCACAUCGCCAUAGGCAAGCCGUAUUCUGCCAGCUUGUGGAUCCAUGGUUUGAUACGUGGUAACAAUGGAAACAUGCCUCUUGUCCUGAUCGCCGCUCUCUGUCGAGACCCAUCAAACCCGUUUGGCGACCCUGAGAAAUGCAAGCAGGACGGCAACGCAUACGUCUCCUUUGGGCAAUGGGUCGGGGCGAUCAUCUUGUACAGCUACGUGUUUCAGAUGCUUGCGCCGCCGCCUGGUGAAACCUUCGACGGAAGCAGAGUGGAGAAGCCCCCUCCCCCGGCCCUGGCUGCCGCACCUGCACCUGAACAAGUUCCCCUGCUAACGUCGCGUGCAUCUGAACAAGCUCCCAAGUGCUCAAAAGCACUGGAAAGCCUGCACAUCUUUGUUCGGAAAUUUAAGCUGAAGCGAGUGUUUGAACCACCGGUGAUUGCCUCGGCACUGGGGAUUUCCAUUGGAGCAACGCCAUCCCUGAAGCACUUGGUCCUGACUAACCACGCCCCGUUAUUCUUCUUUACCGAUGCCUGCAUCAUUCUUGGGGGGGCAAUGAUCCCAUGCAUCUUGCUCGCCCUCGGAGGCAAUCUCGUCGAUGGUCCGGGUGCGGGCAGCAAGAAGCUGGGACUGAGGACGACGGCGGCGAUCAUCAUCGGGCGGCUGGUGCUGGUCCCACCGGCGGGGAUGUGCAUGGUCGCCCUGGCGGACAGGCUGGGGUUCAUCCCGAGGGGCGACACCAUGUUCAAGUUCGUCCUCCUCCUGCAGCACUCCAUGCCCACCUCCGUGCUCUCCGGGGCCGUCGCUAAUCUGCGCGGUUGCGGGGAGGAGUCGGCGGCGGUGCUCUUCUGGAUGUACGUUUGCGCCGUCUUCUCCGUCGCCGGGUGGAUGGUGCUCUACAUCAGGAUGCUCUUCUGAGGCCAGGCCUCCACCCCUUCUGUGUUCACACGCGCCGACGAUGGUGAUGCUAGUAGUAGCUGACACUGACAGUGACCUCCCGGUCGCGGACAAAGUUUGCUGUCGACGCUCUCGAUUUGUGCGUCCAGGACGUGUCCCUCACAAGACUCGCCGCCCCGGCCGGGAAGGGCUUGGCUCCUUUUGAUUUGUGUGGCGGGGACGGGAUACUGCCGCCGCUGGAAAUGCCCUGCAGCUUCACAUAAACGACAGAAAGGAAUAUGCACCAAGCAUUCGGUCUACAUUAGAGUUAUGGAUCACUAAAACCUAGCACUCUUUAUGAGUUGUCCACAGCGUGUAUGGGUUCCUUUGAUUCCAAGGAUUUUCAUAGGAAUUUUAAAUCCUUAGAGCAUCUCUUCCAAUUACUAUAAUUUAGAGGACUACACGGUCUGAGUAUCAUUUAGCAAAGUAUAUUCACUACUUUAAAAAAAGGCCGUUUCUAA